AUGAUCUGGAUAUGCGCUUACCCAUACAAGACCCCAGAUGAUAUCUUAUCGAGUCUUCCUUCGAUUCCAGCUUCGAAUGCGCCUAAAUCCGCUCCUCUCAUCCUCGUCACCCCGAGCUUUGCUCACUGGCUCGAUCCCAGCAGUCCAUUCCUAUCACAAUGUCUAGGCCAGUUAUAUGGCACAUCUCCAGAGGCAAAUUCUGUCCUGGCUGUCGCCGCUGUGGUCGACACACUUCCAGAUACCCGUACUAUAUCCACUGGAGCUGCGACGCAUGAGUCCCGGGCGGCAUCGACAGAAUCAGAAGGUCUGUCGCUCUUGGUGGGCGCGGAAACGAAUUUACACGGAAAGGCUGCGCCACCUCGUCUCAUCAGAAGCUCUGCGAGCGAAGACACGAAUCUCUUGCUUUCCAUUCAGACUGGAAGUCCCGGUCAAACCAACAACAGACCUACCCAUGAAGUCGGAUUACGUCUCGCCAACACUGUCUUUGUCAAUGGAAAAGAAACGACAAUAUUAGGCACGCAAUGGCUUCGGGAUAGCGGCUCAAAUGAGUACAUUUUGGAACAGUCAGUCGAUCUUACCAGUUGCAUGGUUACGACUACCUCGCAAUCGGUGGUCACUACAUUGGAUCUCCCGUUGGACCAAGUAUCACAACGGCGAAAGGUUAUUUCAAGUAUGGGGAACAUCCUACGACAAGUUGGCAAAUCAACUGAUCCCGCAUCCAAUGAGCCAAUGCCUGCUUCCUCGGAGUUGGAAAAAGAGCUUCCCCGUUAUAUUGCAGAACACAGCAUUGUGGAUCAACGGGUGUCCGUCUGGGCGCUCGUCGAGAAGCCCGAGGUAGUGGUGGCAGAUGCGGGAUCGUCGACCCAUGAUCGCUUGAUCCAGUCUCUUCGCCAGGGUAGCAAGUUGCACCGUGUCAUGAGCGGCGGAGGUGGAUGGGGCAAGAAGCAAGGCCUUCUUUCAUUAGACCCCGAAGUCAGCUUCUCUGGAACAGCUAAUCGUGACGAACUUGUCGAAUUACCGCAACUCUUUGAGCCUGAGAACAUGCCCACCGACACAUUGCCCUCUUUUGACCAGGGUAUCACUGUGGAUGACUUGUCUCUUCUUUCACAGGUUGCCUCUGCAGGUGAUUUCAUUCAGUUCUUUGUGGCGGUAGAACCAACUUAUUCACACAGCAAACCCUCAGGUGAAGCUAGCUCAGCAGAAGUGGCUGUCAGCUAUCACUUUGGUAUGGUCUCUGACUCUAUGGAAGUGGAGACACAUGAGGGCAGCGCAAGGGAGAAAGAUCUCGUUGCUAUGCCUUAUCGAUUUGGCGCUUUAUCUGAGAAAGCAAUUGCGUACUCCCAGCCGGUGAAAGGAGCUGGGUCAGAAUCCACCAAGGUGGACAUUCCAGGAUCUCGAAUCCUCCUUGAGAGUGUAUGA